UGAACGUGAAGUCCCUAAGGUAUAAUCAUUUGUUAAAAUGCUCUUAUAUAUUACAAGCUGUGUUUCCAUUAUCAAGUGUAGGGGCUUUUUCUAACAAACUGUAAUUCCAGAAGUUAAUGAUCUCCCAUUAUAUUUAUAUAUGCACCACCCACUUUCAAAUAAAGAAGCAAUUAAGCAUCGCUUUGUUGAUAUGUCUAAAACUCAUGAAGUUGGAGAAGAAACCUGUGAAAACAAUAUGUAUAAUUCAUUUGUCAUGUGAUCUCUUUUAAGGCUAUUUAUUACUAUUGUAGAUCUCCAACUAUAUCACCCUAAACCGCUCCAAAUUUAAUCCAUUCACGUUUUAACUACCGAUUUAAUACACUUUUUCUUUAUGCUAAAAAGUUGGAUUGAAUUCAAACGCUGUGUGAUAAUACUCACAGUUCAUCGACCCCAUGAAAGAUCUAUCCUUCUUCCUUUUGAAGAACUCGGUUGGGGCCAAGAUGAAGAAAGGGAUUCGUAAUUUUUGCAAUGGUGAUGGCUCCACCUCCACUCUUAACCAAAACCGAACGGACCACGGCGGGGCCGGUAUUAUUACUUCGUCCGAAUUGGUCGCUCCGCCAUCGGUUGUUGCCUCGAACACCACGGCGCAAAGCCCUCCCACAACGUUGGAGGAGAUGAUCUUAAGGUUAGAGCUGGAAGAAGAGCUUGCUAGAAAAUCAAAACUGAAUGAAUACUACAGUGAGAAUUUUCGAGGUGGUCGGAUGUCUUGCGUCAACAACUCCGACAUACUACGGUCUGCAAGGAAUGCAUUGAAUCAGUACCCUCGUUUUUCCCUCGACGGGAAAGAUUCCAUGUACCGAUCAUCGUUUCGAAACCCUGAAAAAAUCAAUGGAAGGAACUCGGUUUGCUGCGAUCAUGGAUUGAGAGAAAGGUUUUACAAAGCUUCAUGUUUGCCAUCAACUUUGGGUGGCGAAACUGUGAUUUGGUGCGAACCAGGAGUGGUGGCGAAGCUGAUGGGAUUGGAGGCGGUGCCGGUGACGAUUAGUCGGAGAAAAGAUCGAAGUAAUCAAAAACUUGGUUCUGUGAUAAAGAGACAGAAUCUUCGGAGGAGAGGUGAGAGACAUGAAAUGGAGCGAAGAGUGGGCGUGGAAGAAGAUUUCAAGAGAGGUAAGGUGGGUGGUUGUUCCAACUCAGGCUACUGUGUGAUGAAACCAGUUGUUGUUGGGGCAGCAAAUGGUGAAGGUGGAUGGCCAACCCGACGUUUCCUUUAGAUUAUGCCUUCUCUAAUCCGGGUUAUAACAUCUAAUACCAGUUGUUCUCUUAUUUAUAUCAAAGUAUAUGUUGAAUAUAGAUAUAUAACUUUGGAAAUCAA